AUGAGCAAAAGCUCUACGAGGUCGAGGAAAAAUUACGAGUCGGAGAUGCGACCAUCGAGAGAAAGGUACCGGUCAUACUCUCAUUCGGAUAAAUCGAGCUUCAAGUUGGAAAAAUCAAGGGUCGGCCCCAGUCACUUCUCCAGCAGGGGUGAUAAAUGGGCCGAACGCCCGUCAAACAGUCGAGGCCUAUCAUUUAGAAGUGAUGCCGGGAGUUUGGCUAGCAAUAAAGACGUACCAAGGAUAUCGGGAUACAACUUCAACAUCAACACCUCGAACCUCGUCUCAGCUAUCGGCCGUAUCACGGAGGCUAGAUGGCCAAGGCCAUUGAGGUCAGACCCAGGUCAACAGGAAUCAAAUGUGGUGUGUGAGUAUCAUGAGACCUAUGGGCACAAGACUGAAGACUGUCAUCAAUUAAGAGAGGAAGUGGCUCUAUUAUUGAAGAAUGGCCACCUUCGAGAAUUCCUGAGUGAACGAGCCAAAAAUCACUACAAAGAAAGAGAGAGUCACAAACGAUCCGAGCCGGUGGAACCUCAACAUGUGAUCAAUAUGAUAAUUGGGGGAAUAGAUGCUUCACGAGGGCCGGUGAUGAAAAGAACAAAGGUCUCAAUUGUGCGAGAGAAGCGUACCUGGGACUGUGUAACCGAGGGUUCCAUCUCCUUCAGUGACGAGGAUGCAGAAGGCAUCAUUCAACCGCACAAUGAUGCAUUGGUAAUUUCUAUCUUAAUUUUCAAAUCACAGGUUAAACGUGUUUUGAUUGACCCAGGUAGUUCGGCCAACAUCAUCCGAUGGAGAGUGGUAGAACAGCUGAGGCUACUCGACCAGAUUUUACCGGUCGCCCGAGAAAUCAGCGAGUUCAAUAUGGCAAGAGAAAUCACGAAGGGUGAAAUUUCUUUGCCGGUCAACAUUGAUGGCACCAUACAGCAGACGGUAUUCUACGUUAUCGAGGGAGAUAUGAAGUAUAAUGCUUUGCUCGGCAGACCGUGGAUUCAUAGCAUAAGAGCGAUACCAUCAAUACUGCACCAGUUGCUGAAGUUCCCAACCCCGGAGGGGAUAAAAACUAUCCGAGGCGAACAACCCGCAAAGAAGGGAAAUGUUCGCGGUCAAGGAAGCACCCCUUUUUCCAAAAAAGCCGGAUCAAAGAGAUGA